AUGAUCUGUUACCUUUUCCCAAGUGUUCUGGACACAAAAAAAUCAGGAAAAGUCACGGGCCGUGGUGUGGGCAGGAAACCGACGGCAAACGUGGGCAGGUCUGUCACUCACAAGGGCUGCGAGUACUGCAUCCCGCUCCCGCCGCGGCACCGGAGACUCCGGGGGCGCGGGGCAGGGGCAGCCCCGGGCUCGCACCGCUCUUCCCCCUCCAGCCGAGACGGGCCGGGCCGAGUCGAGCCCCCCAGCAGCGCGGCGGCGCCCGGGAGGAGGGGCCGAGGGGACUCUGCCCGGCGCCCUCGCUCAGGAAUGUGCCCGCUGGCCUCUGCCGCGGGGGAUGGCGGAGUAGCGGCCGCCCGCGGGAUGAGGGCACUGGGGCCACUGCUGGCCCUCUGCCUGGUCGCCGUGCCCGGUGGCAUCGCCUGUCCGCGGCUCUGCGCCUGCUACGGCCCCGCCGAGAUGCACUGCACCUUCCGCUACUUCACGGCCGUCCCGCCGCGCAUCCCUCCGGGCGUGCAGCGCAUCAACCUGGGCUACAACAGUUUGCUUAAACUGACGGACACGGAUUUUUCUGGCCUGGAGAAGCUGGAGUUACUGAUGCUGCACAGCAAUGAGAUAAAUACAAUCCCUGAGAAGGUGUUCAGGGAUUUAUAUUCAUUACAGGUCUUAAAACUGAGUUACAACAAGGUCAGGGUACUUGAGCAGGAUGCUUUUUACGGUCUAAAGAGCUUGGUGAGGCUGCAUAUGGACCACAAUAAAAUUGAAUUUGUAAAUCCCAACGUUUUCUAUGGACUCACAUCACUGAGGCUGGUCCACCUGGAAGGAAAUUUACUUCAGCAGCUCCAUCCAGACACUUUUGUCACCCUGCGCUACAGCCAAAUAUUUAAAACAUCCUUCCUGAAGCACAUCUAUUUGUCUGACAAUGGGCUGACAUCACUGCCACAAGAAAUGCUUUCCUACAUGUCUGAGCUGGAGAGCAUUUACCUUCAUGGAAAUCCGUGGUCCUGUGACUGCAGCCUGCAGUGGUUUGCUGAAUGGGCAAAAGAGAGACCAGAUGUUAUAAAGUGCAAAAAAGACAGAAGUUCUGGUGCUCAGCAAUGCCCAAUUUGUGCCAGUCCCAAAAAUCACAAUGGGAAGAGCUUAGUGGAUAUUCCCUCUGCAUCUUUAACCUGUACCAAACCAGCCAUACACGACUCUCUGAAGCUGAGAAACCUCACGGUGCCAGAUGACGGGGAUUUCAGCUCCCUGUCUCCCAAGGACUUCAUAGCUCCUCUGGGAUCCGUGGUUCUGAACAUGACUGACAAAGCAGGAAAUCGAGGCGACUUGGUUUGCAACAUUCAAAAGCCUAAAGAAACGUUUCCCGUCUCAUUUGACAAAGAUGGCAACAGUACAGUCCUCAGAACGUCCUUCUCAGCAUUUCUUGUGUGUGGCGUUGACUACGAACACAUUCAGCAGCUCUGGAGCAUACUGGCACUGUACAGCGAUUCUCCCUUAAAGCUGGAAAGGAAUGUCCUAGCAACUGACAUGCCUUUUGUUAGUUACAAAUACAAGCAAGUCUACUCUGAAAAAGAUGAACUUUUUACCAAUGUAGAGGCUGAACUGAGAGCUCAACCAGCCUGGUUAAUGCAGAGCAGAGUGGCGUUACGGCUGGACAGGACGGCCACCACACUCAGCUCGCUGCACAUCCAGUACUCCACGGAUGCUCACAUUACUUUGCCCAGCGCUGACUUUAAACCCCAGGUGAGAAGUAAGUGGGCCAUCAUCUCCAGGGACAACAAGACACAACGGGAGCACACUGUGACAGUUGGGGGGAGCAUAGAACUGGAGUGCCAAGCAGCCGGGGAGCCGGCUCCUGCAGUGGAGUGGGUGCUGGCUGACGGGAGCAGAGUCAGGGCUCCUCACAUCAGCGAGGACGGAAGGAUCCUGGUGCUUCAGUCGGGAACAUUCACCUUACGGACGGCCGACGCUUUUGACUCGGGGCUUUACCACUGUGUCGGCACCAACGACGAGGAUGCAGACAGCCUGACGUUCAGGAUCACCGUGGUGGAUCCUGACGUGGCACGCAGCACUGUGAAUGGAGCUCAGCUCGCUGCCUUUGCUGGCAGCACGCUCGACCUGCCCUGUAGCUCCACUGCAGCUCCGGACGCUGCCAUCAGCUGGGUGCUGCCUGAUCAGGUGGUUCUUCAGCAGUCUGCAGGAAACAAACGUGUUUUUGACAAUGGUACCCUGAGAAUACAAGGGGUAACAGAGCAAGACAGUGGCUACUUCAGGUGUGUUGCAGCCAAUCAGUAUGGUGUUGAUCUUCUGGUUUUCCAAGUGCUGGUUGGAAAGGAUAAAACCACUCCAAAGAUAAAGCCUGUAGCUGCAGGAGAAUGGGAAGAGGGUGAUGGCUCUGGCAAUGCAAUGCUGGCCUCUGCUGCAACACAGAAACAUCCUUUAGCUCCUCCAGCUACCUCGACAGCUCAUCAGGCAUCUGCUGCCUCAGCAGAAAAGCAGGUUGCACAGAGUGUACACAGGAGGAACGGCUCCAGGAAAGCAAUGUACAGGCGCCUCGGGGACAAAAGGAGCAGGAGGUUUAGGGGACACAGAAGGCAGUUUGCUUCCUCAGCCAGGAGGGUUGAUCCACAGCACUGGGCAGCCUUUCUGGAAAAAGCAAAGAGGAACUCAACAUCAACAGAAAAACAAGAAGCUGCAACAACAAAACCGCCCAUUCAGGUCCAUAAGCUCUCUGAAGUACCUGGGGAGAAGGAAGAAGCAUCUGGGGAUCUAUCUCCAGAAGAAGAGUUCAUGAUACCGGUAGCAGAGAGCACCUCUGUGUCUGCUGCAGGGAGAGCAAUGGGAAGGGGGAUAACUGCAGGGCCUGAGAGAGCAGCGGGCAGCAGUCCUGCUUGGAAAGCCUCUCCCCUGGUAGCAGAGGCCGUAACUCCCCUACCCUCUCCUUUUUCACAGUCUAUGUCAGCUGGCAGCAGAAGGCCACAAACAUAUCUACAACCUGCUAUGACAAACUCUUGGGAAAGAUCUGAUUUAAGUCAACCAUCAGCAAAUGAAAUAAACCAACCAACUCUAUCAAAUGGAGGAAGAGCAACAUCUCCCCUCUUCCCUGCUGGGCAAGGGCUGGUGUAUUCUGGGGAAAGUGAUAACCAGCAGUUGAAUUCUGCUGCCACGAGACUUGUGGCAGAUGUUACAGACACCAGCAUGUCUGCAGCUUCCCAAAGCACAGUGGACAAGCUGCACGUUUUUAACGAGUCUCUUGAUGAGAUUUCCACCACAACAGGUCACCAGGUACCUGUAGUGACAGUCAGUGAACCAAGUCCUGAAUCUGGUCACAUUUAUUUUCAUAGUACUCAGAAACAAGUAACUCCAAAGCCACCAUUGGCAUCAACUACCAUUAACCAUCAGCAAGUUCAGCUUACUGAGGACACUACAACUCGCAGACCCCAGGCCCAGCAGCGAUAUGGAGGACAAAGGAAAAGUUCUGGCAGGAGACAAAUUGUUAGACCGGGACGUUUUCCCAGCAUAAAGGAGCACAGAUACAAUUUUGGGAGGCCAGGAUCUGUCAGAGGAAGUACAGCUGCAGAUGUUCAGCUGAAUAUGAGACAUGUACCACAUUUACCAACACUAAAUAAUUUGAGCAGCUCCACCAGCCCGUUUCACCCAGAAGCACCUCUGUUGCCCCCCUCAACCAUGACUCUGCCAUCAGAGCAUCCAGUGGGUAUGCAUGCAAACACGGCAUUCCCCAGGGAAGAGGAGGGUGACCCUGCUGCAAGGCAAAAAGCUGCCACAGCAGUCAUGCCUUUCACUGCAGAGGACACCACCACCAGUGCAACCAAAGAAAUGGAUGCAACAAGUUUGAAGCCAACAGCUACACCACUUACUGCUCCUCAAACUGAUGCCAAAGUCACCAAAAGUAAAAUAUUCAGAGUGGGAAAAAAGAGAGGUCAGAGGAGGAAGAGGCCCCCUAAAACAUCGACUUCAGGAAGUGUGGCUGCAGGCCAUGCAGCGAUCUUCUCUGGGAACGUGGCCACAACCACCCAGCCCUCCACGCUGCCGCCGUGUCUCACGCCCACAGAGCCUGUCUCUGAGAGCCCACCCACGGGGAGAGGCAGAGCAACACCCACCAGCACAGCUUUCAAUGCACCCCCCAGCACCCCCACCAAUGCAUCCCCCAGCACACACCCCGAUACACCCCCCAGCACCCCCACCAAUGCAUCCCCCAGCACCUCCACCAUGUUUGACACACCACAGGCUCCUCUGUGGGGAGGGGACAAGGACAGCUCUGCCAAGGGUUGGGCUGGAAAGAAACAAGAUCAAGAAACUCCCACCACCAAUCCUACAGCCUUGGACUCUUUAGGCAGAAAUCAUUUUGCAAAGCCCAGAAUAACUGGAGGGAGAUUAGCUGCUUUUACUGUGCUGGCUGAUUCAGAUGCUUUUAUCCCUUGUGAAGCUACUGGCAACCCCCGGCCAACAAUACAGUGGACCAAGCUAUCGUCAGGGCGCGGUGCUGCGGGAGGCCGAGGGGACGGGCGGUGGCUGGUGUUUGCCAACGGCACGCUCUCCAUCGCACGGGCGGCACUGCGGGACCGCGGGCAGUACCUGUGCACCGCGGCCAACGCGCACGGCACCGCGCGCCUGCUCGUCACCGUGGCCGUCGUGGCUUACCCGCCGCGCAUCGCCGGGGCGCCGCGGCAGCUCCUCACCGCCUACUCCGGACAGCCCGUGGCGCUGAGGUGCAAAGCUGAGGGCAGACCUCCUCCCACCGUCUCCUGGGUGCUGGCAAAUAAAGCGCACAUCUCCGAGUCUUCUGCAGGAGCUAAGGGGGUCCGUGUGGAACCAGACGGCACUUUGGUUAUCGAGGCGGCCACUGUUUACGACAGGGGCCUGUACACGUGCAUGGCUGAGAACCCCGCGGGCACUGCGCGGCUGGAGGUCACACUGCAGGUCAUCGCGGCACCACCCGCCAUCCUGGAGGAGAAGAGACAGCGCCUCGAAGGAAUGAUGGGGGAAAGCCUCAGGCUGCCCUGCACCGCGCAGGGGGACCCUCAGCCCACCGUCCACUGGGCCCUGUCUGACGGCACGGUGGUGAAGCCUCUGCAGCUCGUACAUGCAAAGCUGUUCCUGUUCCCCAACGGCACCCUGCAGCUCAGCAACGCCGCCCCAGCCGACAGCGGCACCUACGAGUGCAUCGCCACGAGCUCCACGGGCUCGGAGCGGAGGGUGGUGAGCCUCGUGGUGCAGCACAGAGACACGCUCCCAAAGAUCACCUCUGCCUCUCCACAAAUGACUCACAUGGAGUUUGGGGAUAAGUUGCUUCUGAACUGCACGGCGAGCGGGGAGCCCGAGCCCAGGAUCAUCUGGAGGUUACCCUCCAAGGCAGUCGUUGACCAGUGGCACAGAAUGGGAAGUCGAAUCCAUGUCUACCCCAACGGAUCCUUGGUGGUUGAGGCAGUUACUGAGAAGGACGCGGGUGACUACUUGUGUGUGGCAAGAAAUACAAUUGGAGAUGACCUGAUCCUGAUGAAAGUCGGCAUCACAAUGAAACCUGCCAAGAUUGACCAGAAACAGGAUUUCAAGAAACUGGUGCCAUACGGUAAAGAUUUCCAAGUGGACUGCAAGGCCUCUGGGUCACCUGCCCCAGACAUCUCCUGGAGCCUGCCUGAUGGGACGGUGCUCAACAGCGUGAGGCUGGCGGGGCACAGCGGGCACAGCACUCACCGGUACGUCCUCUUUGACAAUGGAACACUCUACCUCAACAAAGCUGGAGUAGCAGAAGGAGGAGAUUAUACCUGCCUCGCCCAAAACACGCUGGGAAGGGACGAGAUGAAGGUACACGUCACCAUCAUCGUGGCAGCCCCUCAGAUAAAGCACAACCACAAAGCACACGUUAAAGUGAAAGCUGGAGAUACAGCAUUACUGGACUGUGAAGCUGUUGGAGAACCCAAGCCAAAGAUAUUCUGGUUGUUGCCUUCCAGUGACGUGGUCUUGUCGUCAACAGCCAGGCACAUCCUGCACGUCAAUGGCUCUCUCUUGGUCAGCCGCGUCAGACUGUUGGAUGCCGGCGAGUACAUGUGUGUCGCUCGCAAUCCUGGGGGGGACGACACUAAAUUGUACAAACUGGAUGUUAUUGGGAAACCACCCACCAUAAAUGGCUUCUACGGGAACAAAACGAUCAUGAAAGUGACGGCAGUGAGGCAUUCAAAGAAGCAAAUCGACUGCAGGGCAGAAGGGAGCCCUCCCCCUCAGAUCAUGUGGAUCAUGCCCGACAACAUUUUCCUGACAGCUCCGUAUUACGGGAGCAGGAUCACGGUGCACAAGAACGGGACGCUCGAGAUUCGGAACAUACGGCCUUCUGACACGGCAGAUUUUACCUGCGUGGCGCGUAACGACGGGGGAGAGAGUGUGUUGGUGGUGCAGCUGGAGGUGUCAGAGAUGCUCAGGCGACCCACGUUUAAAAAUCCAUUCAAUGAAAAAAUAAUAGCAAAGCCUGGGACAGCGACCACACUGAAUUGUUCCGUGGAUGGAAAUCCUCCACCUGAUGUGAGCUGGAUGCUGCCUAACGGCACGUGGUUUCCCAGCGGCAUCAACACCUCCCGGUUCCUCACGGGAAGCAGCGGUACCCUCACCAUCUACGGCACGGACAGAGACACGGCGGGCAAGUACCGCUGCGCUGCCAGGAAUAAAGUUGGCUACAUUGAAAAGCUGAUCAUUUUGGAGGUUGCCCAGAAGCCCAGGAUUCUUACUCACCCAACGAGGCUGGUGAAGGGCACGAGUGGGGAGCCGCUGUCACUUCACUGCCUGUCUGACGGGAGCCCCAGACCCCACACGGCGUGGACUCUGCCGGGGGGGCAGGUGCUGGAGCGGCCGCAGGUCGGCAGGAGACACACGCUGCUGGAGAACGGAACAUUGGUUAUACGAGAGGCUUCUGCUCAGGACAGGGGCAGCUACGUGUGCAGGGCCCACAACGCCGCUGGAGAGGCCACGCUGACGGUGCCCGUGGCCAUCGCAGCCCUCGCCCCGCGGAUCGCUCCCAGGCCGCCGCGGGCUGUGCGCACGGCCCCUGGGGCAGCCGUGUGGCUGCACUGUGCUGCGCUGGGAAUACCCCAACCAGACAUCACCUGGCAGCUGCCCGACCGCUCCGUGCUGUCUGCGGGCCACCGCGGCCGAGCGGCCGGGAGCAAACUGCUGCAGCCCCUGGGGACGUUGCUCAUCCAGAACCCCCGACCCGCUGACUCUGGCGCGUACAAGUGCACAGCAAAGAACCAUCUCGGCACUGACUUCACAGUCACAUAUGUUCACGUCACUUGA